UAUAGAGUUAUAUGCAGAGUGAGUCGCUCCCACACACAUGACCUAACCUCCGUUUCUCUUCUCCAUCACACUCAAAUUGAAAGAAGUCUCUGAACCAAACUCAUUUACGAGCUCUCUCUUCUCUGCCUGCGUCUAGGGUUUCUUUUUCUCUCUAUAAAUUACUUGCUUUAUCGGCACGUGUUAAUAAGCUGACAUGGCAACGGCACCGAUGAAGUCACACCCACUGCACAACUUCUCUUUGCCUUUUCUUAAAUGGGGAGCGACCACCAGCGCCAAUACUCAGCAACACAAUAGAGGCCGAAUUACACCUCCCACCGACGCCUCCGAACCCGACAAAGACGCCGACGCCGACCAUCAUAAAGAUUCCGUACGUCCUUGCUGUGUCGGAUCCCGCUCUUCCCGCGUACAACGAUUGUCGUUCUCUUCAUCGGACAAAGCUCAGAAGGAUGAGAGUGACAGGAUGCAGAAACAUACGACGGGUGCGGAGGUUGAGAAGAACGAGACCCAAGAAGAGGCAGAAGAACACGAAGAAGAAGUAGUAGUAGUUGAGAAGCCGUGGAAUUUGAGGCCGAGGAAGGGGCUUCAAGAAGCGUUCGUGAAUGCUGUGGUUAUGGAGAGUCAUAAUCAGAGCGGGAAUAAUGUAAAUACGAAGCCGAAGUCGUUAAGAUUGAGAGAGAUGGUGGAAUCUAGGGGUGGUCAUGGUGAAAAGAAGGAGAAGAACAAGUUUUGGCUGACUUUGUCAAGAGAAGAGAUUGAAGAGGAUAUUUUUGUCAUGACGGGCUCGAGACCGGCCCGUAGACCCAGGAAGCGACCCAAAAAUAUCCAGAAACAGCUUGAUAAUGUGUUUCCUGGGCUGUGGUUGGUUGGACUUACAGUUGAUGCUUAUCGAGUUUCUGAUGCUCCAACGAAGAAAUAAAAUCGCCAUAGAUAUUUGGUCGGCUCUUCUUUACAAAGAGGAGGAUGUAUUUACAACUUACAACAAAUUUGGGAAUUUUUCAAAUGGGAGCUAGGGAGGAUUGCACCUACAAUAUUGACCUCAAUUUGAGGUAUACUGAAAAUUUGUAAAGAGGGAGGGAAGUUAUAUUCAGAAGAAAAACAAAUAUUAAAAUAGAAAAUAGGGAAAUGGUAAAGUCCAUCGUUGUAGGAUCCAGGGGUAGAAUUUAGUUUAUUAAUUUGUAGCAUUACCAUGCAAACAGUUAACUUAUAUAUGGAUGAGUAGAAAGAACUAUACUGUUUUAGUUUUAGGAUAUUGUGAACGGUAUUAUAUUUUGGGUUAUUUGUUCUAAUUAGUUGAUUAUCUACUGUAUUUAACAGGCUUCCCUACAUUGAUGGGGGGCAGAGUAGCAAGCAUGUAUUUAGUUUGCAAACCCUGAUCUGAUGCAGGAUUUAUUAAAGGAGGCACUCCCUGCUUCUCUUUGCUGGAAGAGUCUUUUUUAGUUAAACAGAGCUUCAUCAAGAGCUAACCUGACGAGGUUUUAAGUCUAUAUGUUGUGUUGACUUGGAUUUUACUCAGUUGUUUUUCCAUAAUACAUUUUAAUAAUCAUAGUCACUGCAUUACCGCUACACAGUUCAUAGUUGUAAAAAAAAUGCAGUCUAUGCUAUCAGGAAUGUUUAGCAUGCAGUGGAAAAUAAUCAUGGUAGAUUCGCUGAUAUUUUAUGUUGGAAUGGCAGCUCUGUUAUCAUUUUCAUUA